AUGGUGGUGAAGGGGAACGAUUUAGCUCCCCACGAGAUUGAAUCAGUGUUGCUGAAGAAAUUCGGAGAGACUCUUACGAAUAGAGCCUUGACGUGGUAUUCACUUUUGCCCGAGCUUUCCAUAGAUUCCUUCGAGAUGCUCGCAGAUUAUUUCAUUAAGGCCCAUGCUGGGGCCAGAAAGGUACAUGCCCGAAAGGCCGAUAUUUUCAGGAUUGCACAAGGAAAGCCCAAGUUGCUACGGGAAUUUGUAACCCGGUUUCAGAAGGAAAGGAUGUUACUACCGGCCAUUUCAGAUAAAUUGGAGGCUGAAGCAUUCACCAAAGGUUUGAUUCUGAGGAGUUCCGAUGCUUCCCGGAAGUUGAAAGAAAGCUUGCUCAAAUUCCAAGCGAUAACUUGGGCGGAUGUUCACAACCGGUCGGCAGAUAGGUUCGUUACCGAUAGUAGAACUGAUCGUGGCCAGAGCAAUAGGUCAUUACAGGACAAGGAAACAUCAGGUUCUCGAGAUUCUUCCUACCAUAGACUUUCAGAAUAUAACUUUAAUGUAAAUAUAGUAGAGUUAGUAUUGGCUAUGAGGAAUAUUAAGGAAGCACGAUUAUCGAAAUCAAUGAGAUCCGAUCCCAGCCAGAGGGAUCCUAAUUUGUGGUGUGAAUACCAUGGGACGAACAGUCACCGAAUUGGGGACUGCCGGCAUCUGUGUGAAGAGGUUGCGACGCUGCUAAAAAAUGGCCAUCUCAGGGAAUUCUUAAGUGACUAG